UAACAUAAUAACAUUAGCACUGUAGUGCUAUUCUUGCGACAACCGGUUGAAUGACAAACGCUGUAAAAUGGAGACUGCGUCGCUCUGGGAUUAAUCAAGGAAUAUAUCAACAAUUUUCGGACUGAAAACAAGACACGAAGCGUGCUUCAUUUCUCGUAAAAUGUUGCUACGUAUAUAUGCAAAGCUCCAGAAUUAAGUCCCUCAAGCUGCUGAUCUAUAUGACCCUAUCGUGAUGUCUGCCGAUAAGAUUCUUCUCUUCAUUUGUUUCACCGGAGUGGUACUAGUAUUACAAGGCAUGCUUAACCUUUCGGCCGAGCACCAUGAAAUCUCGCCAACUGCAAUUCAGAAGCCCCUUUCCGAAAAGAUGCAAGACUCCGCUAGCUGUCGGUGUACAGGGGGCAGUACCGGCACUGAAAACACCGCACAAACGGAGCCUAAACUGUUAAAAAAUACUUUCGUCGAUUCCGUUCAAAGUCAACGUAGGAGAACAAUGCUAACAGAAUGUCUUUCUUUAGGAACAAACUACACUGGAACCCUACCAGAAAAUUUAUUGAAAAAGCAUAUGAUUUACGAUGAUAAAACUAAGCUUGUGUUCUGUGAUAUACCAAAAGUCGGGUCAACCUUCCUGAAACAAGUUCUUCAUAUUCUGUCGGGACAUAAGCACAAGAAGGAUCCAUUCAGUAUAAAGGCAAAUGCCGCUCACCUUAUACCAUUUAACACAUUUGAGACCGUUCCUUAUGACAAGGCUCUGGCGGUGCUGAUGCGUUCCACAAAGUUCAUAUUUGUCCGAAACCCUUACACAAGGAUGCUCUCAGGAUAUGUCGACAAACUCUUCACUAAUAACCACGUAUUCUGGGACACUACUGGUAAAGUCAUCUUAAAAAAUCAUCGGAAAAAUCUCUCGAAAAAAUCCAAAGAGUGUGGCCACGACAGUACUUUUUCCGAGUUUAUCAAACACGUAAUCGAAUCAGAAACUUCCGGUCUUCACAGGAACCCUCACUGGUAUCCGAUGUAUGAUGCCUGUCGUCCGUGUAACAUUCAGUAUGAUGUCAUCGGGAAAAUCGAAUCAUUCAAAGAGGAUCUUGGAAAUUUUCUAAGAAGUCAAAACUUACAUGAAAUUGUGGACAUUUCUAGAAUGGAUCAAGGAAACGAAAAGGAGGCUAUAUCUUUGACGGUCAGCAGAGCAUACGAAGUGGUAUCACACAGACCAAAGUGUACCUCUCUUCCUCAAGCGCUAGAACGUGCUUGGAAGGUUUUACAAAUAAGAGGGGUCUUGAGUCAGUUGGCCGAUUUCCCUUACAACGUGAUAAAGCACAAUUCAAACAUAAGCAAAUCUCAAUUUCAAGAUGUCAUUGCUAAAGAAAUCAAACGGUGGCCAAUGACUAAAGCGGAUAAGCGGUUGUCAAGGGAACAAGCGAUUGUUAAUGCUUACAAAUUUGUGUCGUCGUCAGAUCUUAAGCGAUUCAAUUCCAUUUUCCAUCCAGAUUUUUCUAUCUUCGGAUACGAUAAAAAGAUUGGAAGGAAACAUGCUAACUUUUUAAAAUGGGAACCAUUCAAGCUAAAACUUUGAAGUGAAAGUAUACAUGUGUACAUCUCAUUUCACAGUGUUUCUUUCCCUUUUAAUUUAUUUUUGUAAAUUUUCAUCUUGGAGACCAGCGGCUUUUGCUACCUUUAUCUUAAGAACUACUUUGCUACAGCUGAUUGGCCAAAAUAAGUGUGCAGUAACAAUCAAUAAGUAGGUGUAGUCUUUGAUUAAAUGACGUCACUGUCUUGCGAUAAGACAGAGUGAAAACUGAAAUACUCAAGCAAACCACGUGACAAUUAAAAUGAAAAUAAAAGCGUAAAAUGUCUGUACAGCAAAUGGAUAUUUUACAUUUUUGCAAUAAAAAGAACACAUAUAGAU